UGAGAACGGACUUACCAGUGCUUAAUGGAUUAAGACUCAGUAGAAAAACGAAUCAUUGUGGAAACACAAAUACAGAAAAAAUGACUGCAACAAUAGUAAGUGCGUUUAUGAUGGUAAAUUUCAUUGGACUUUCGCUCCAACAUGGCCGAAUGAUGGAACCAGUUCAACGGUCAUCGAUGUGGAGAGAGGGAUACAAUACGGAACCGAAUUACGAGGACACUCAACUUUACUGUGGUGGACGAGACGAAAUACAACGUCUUGGCGGACUGUGCGGUGUAUGUGGCGACCCCUACACGGCAGAUGUUCGCGAGAACGAGGCUGGUGGUAGAUUCGCUACUGGCAUUAUAGUAAAAUCGUACCCGAAAGGGACGUCACAGAUCCAGGUUACUAUUGAAUUGACAGCCCAUCACAAAGGGUACUACGAGUUCCGGAUCUGCCCUCACAACAACAUUUCGACGCCAGUCUCCCAAGAAUGUUUGAACAGAUACCCACUUCCGGUGGCCGAAGCGGUUGUCGACGAAGGCGAGCCCACGAGAUACUAUCCCGAAGCUGGAGGAUUUCAUAAUCUUAAUCUGAUCUUACCUCGAGGAAUGACCUGCUCCCAAUGUGUGCUGCAGUGGCGAUACCGUACAGGAAACAGUUGGGGCAUUGACGAAAAAGAAAAUCGUGGAUGCAUUGGAUGUGGAGUUCAGGAAGAAUUCCGUAACUGCGCAGACAUAAGCAUAGGAGCCGAAAAGUCUGGUAUCGACGAUAUUACAAGACCAAACCCUUUACCGGUUACAGAGAAGCGUCCUCGGACUCCUCCUCGGCCUCGAAUUCCUCCUCGCACCACCACAAGCACAACUACCACCACACCUAGUCCUACAACUACUACUACUCCUACUACGGCACGCCCACAACCAGAUGUGAAUGGCGGUGGGUUUCGGGGUCGGUGGUGGAGACUUCCUCCAAAUAGACGCCCAAUAAUUGUCAGGCGUCCAUCGCCGGUACCACAACGCCCCGUGGCGGACAGAUUUCCCGUAUCAGACAGACGUCCUUCACCAGCUAUGACACGCCCCGAGCUCCGUAAUCCGCCAAGGCGACCAAGAAUCACAUGGACGCGACCAGGAUCUCCUCGUUCUCACCAUCGCAUUGGAUCUCGACAAAAUCCUAUCAUUGAUGGAGUGGAUAUUGGUCACCGAUCAUGGGGAGGUAACUCGUUUGUUAACAUAAUACCGACAACGACACAGGCACCUGUUAGGACUACAAAAGCUGGUGUGAACUGGGACGCUAUUAAUAGGUUGAACUUAGAACAACUUAGAACAUUUCUGCGCAGAAUACGCAUGAUCCAGUCACCCUUCUGGUUUUCGAGGUCCAGAACGCAAGCACCAACACGUAGUCGAACAAGAAGCAGUUCUCUUGCAAACCGAGCUUUUAUGUCACCAGAGAUGCCAAUGUCUGGGCAAGGCAUGUCAUUCCGAGUUUCUGACAACACUUUAACAAUACCGGCUGAACCUAAUGAGGCAGGCGUUGUGCACACUGCAGAAGAGACAACACCCGGCGACCUCUACAUUAACGAGUACAAUACACUUAGUAACGGGGCGCUUGAGGCGGAAAGCAGUCCUAAGGAGGCUUGGUACACGAACAUCGUAGCUAGCAUGAAAAAUAAAAAUAAAGCCGGAUCUGUACACAAUGAUCCCAAGAAAGCGAGAAAGGCACAUCUUUGACGUCACACGUAGAAAUUGUAUAAUCAUUUAUGUAAAUGGUAUUAUGUACGACAACCUUGUUACACAAAUUCAAAAUACUCCACAGAAGAAAACAGUCACACGAUAAAAAAUUGUGCUCAGGAUUACAUGUAGUUUGUGUGUUUAAAAAUGGACAUAUUUCCCACAAAAAAUAUUUAAAAUUGUUCUUUGAAGAUAAACGUAGUUACCAGCCCUAACACACACUCAGGUGAUUGAACUUAUAAUUUUCUCGAAAUUAAUUUUAUAUUAGAUAAUUUUUAUUUGCUCUCUAUUAUUUAUCUUUUUUGCAGUGUUGACAUUUUCUAAAAAUAAUAUAAAAUUCAAAAUUUGAGGUUUCAUAAUGUAAGUUUUGCUGUUGGUGUUUGCAAUAGUGAAGAUGUUUGUUGGGAAUAUCUAUAUAACAUGUUUCUUGAUUUAUCCAAUAUCUGUGGACACAGUAUAAAUUCAAAUGCUGGUAUUUCAAGACGUUCACCAUUUGGAAAUAUAUAUAAAGGACGUUUUAUGUUAUGCAAUAUCAAAACGAAAUCAAUACCCCACGAACUUGUAUUCUAUUGAUAUUUCAAAGGUUUUAUCGUAAAAGCAUAUUAUUAUAAUAAUGCUAGGAUUUACGUCACCAGGCCUUAAACAGAGGAUCUGAAAAGGCUCGAUAUACCUGUUAAUAUACUUCAGUUUGAAAUGUGUCAAUGCAUCCUUAACAUGUAUAUUCCUGUGUAUACCUGUUUAUAAUCAUAUCAUUUUGAAAUCCAUAUUUGUUUACAUUAACCAGACCCAUGAUAUGUA